CUCAGGGGCGCCGAGGCAGUGGGGAGAGGGCAGGGCCGCUUUCUGGGGAGGCCAGCGCUAUGGAGGGUCGCGGAAGCGGCUCUUGGGAGCACCUGGAGCGGCUACAUGAAAUCUUCCGCUGCCUCCACGAGGAGUUGCGAGCCGGGCCAGAGAGACUGCGCGGGAGCCAGGCGGUCGAAGAGAAGAAGAAGCUGAUAAGAGAAUUUGAUGAAAAACAAAGAGAAGCACAUGAAACGUUACGGGAAAUGGAAGACGAACUGAAAUAUGCUCCAGUGUCUUUCAACAAUCAAAUGAUGGCCAAAAUUCGGAUAUACAAGAGAGACCUUGCCACAUUCCAGAGGAAGAUGAAAAGUAUAGAUUUGGGAGUGACCCCAGGUGUACGCAGAGACCCAAAAUUUGGAAUCUUCUCAACAGAAAAUGAACAGAGUACUCAAGUACAGUCUCAGAGAGUAUUGCUGCUUCAGGGAACAGACUACAGCUUGAACCGAGCCAGUCAGAACAUAGAGCGUUCACACCAGAUUGCUGCUGAAACAGACCAAAUUGGUUCUGAAAUCAUUGAAGAGCUUGGCGAACAGCGGGAGCAGCUGGAACGCACCAAAGGCAGAUUAGUAAACACAAGUGAAAACUUAAGCAAGAGCCGGAAAAUACUACGCUCCAUGUCAAGAAGGCUUAUGACAAACAAAUUGUUGCUCUCUGUUAUCAUUUUGGAGCUUGCCAUCCUGGGAGGCGUUGUCUACUACAAGUUCUUCACCUGAACUUUCAAAACACCCAGCUUUCUGCCGUGAUGUCUUCCAUCCACCUUAAGGACUAUGCAUGGACAUUGCCAAGGAACAGUUCUUAAACCAGGUGGAUUGUGUUUUAAUGCAGUUGUAGGACACUAUUAACAUGCUGCCAGCCUCACAGCAUGUUCACCUGAGAAGUCAGUGGGAAGAAAUGAGGCUGAGGGGCAGGAGAAAAAACAAAGGACUAACAUAAAAUUGUGU